AACCAGGUACCUGAAAUCUCCUUUCGUUUAAAUUUCUAAAAAAUUUUUUUGCCAUGUGCUUUACGAGAAAGAAUAAAAUAUAUAGUAACAAAAUCCUGGUGUAGGCGAGACAGAAGUACUUCCUCAUGUUCAUAACUAUAUUAUGAGCACGAAACUCUUUUCAACAUCAGCAGUAGCGUAUAUCCUGAUUUUUGCUUCAAGUUUUGGCUCGAUAUUCGAUGAUGAAAACGAAAGUCAGGAAGCAUCUGCCGCAGAUUUGCUUGAGCUGUACGAUAGACAAAUGCAAGAGGCAUUUGGAGAGCUGAACCUUGGGAAAGAUUACUUUGAAGGUGACAUGCUAUUAACAAAGCACCAAAGAGACAGCAUCCAAAAGUAUUGGCAAGACACGGUCGAUAACACACCAGUGGAGUGGGAUUUCCUGCAGAAUGGUUUUCUACAACUUUGGCUAAACAAUACGGUGCCAUACACCAUAGCACCAAAAAUGCGCGAGGCGAGUCUCACAAACAUUCGUGCAGCUAUCAAGGAAUGGCAAGACAAGCUUUGUAUCGUUUUCAAGGAGCGGAGGUUCGAGGAUGACUAUGUGGAGUUUGCAUAUGAGGGAGGUUGCUCUUCAAGUAUCGGCCGCAUUGGAGGUCGUCAAGUCGUAUCUGUGGGAUCUGUUGGAACCGAAUAUGCAGACAUGUCCUGCAGGUCUCCUACGCCUUACGGAAGCAACGUGACUAUCACUUGUAGUAAAGGGAGCAUAAUGCACGAGAUUGGGCAUGCACUUGGCUUCUACCACGAACAAAAUCGACCAGACCGUGAUAUGUACGUUACAAUAGUUUGGGACAAUGUGAUGCCGGGGUGUAGAGUCAAUUUUAGGAAAGAGCGUUUUCUGACGAUUUAUGGGCAGGAUGUCCCAUACGACUACAAUUCGGUGAUGCACUAUGGUUCUUUCUUUUUUGCCCGUGAGAGAGGUAUGAGGACCUUACACGCAAAGGUUAAAGGUGUAAACAUUGGACAAAGAGAAAGACUAAGCUCUUUGGAUAUUCAGAAAGGACGGUUGCUAUAUCAGUGUGAUAAGGAAAGGGGAUCGACAGUGGUUGGAGUCAAGUAAUGUGAUGCAGAGUCCGGCCGGUCUUUGAUAAAACGUGUAAAAGAAAUCGAACAACCUGAAUUUGGAGUCACUUCAGACAUUGUGGAGCCUAUUAUGCAUGCGGAUUUAGGAGACAGGCUGAUAUAUAGUUAACGCUUAAAAUUAAAACUUCAGCCUCAUUAAUAUCAGGUGUAAUUAAAGAAUGAAAGAAAAUACUGUUUCGCCUCUUAAUCGUUACCAUUCGCCCAUGAAUCAUUGCAAAGAUAAAAUUGAAAUUUGAAAAAACAUAUUUUUAAAAUGUUUCUUAUUUUAAAAAGUGAAAUCUUGGUAAUUUCAAUUAAUAAGCUAGAAAAUCUUUAACCUCACCUAUAAGAUUAAAGAGAAUGUACCACCUACCAUUUGUAACUAUGUUUAAAAAGGCUCCAUUUGUGAGCACCCAGAAAAAC